UUUACUAUGCGCCAAGUGUCCCCAGCAACCAGUGUCUCCUGUACCAGCAGAAGCUCCAGAACUCUCACCCACUUGCCUGCCUCUGCCACGUCUUUGCCCACUGAACAGCCAUGAGAAGGCAGCUCCGGUCCAGAAGGGCUCCGGCCUUUCCUUACGGUUAUCGCUACAGACUUGACGAUCAGGAUGAAGUGAACCAGAACUACUUAGCAGAUGAAGAGGAAGAAGCAGAAGAAGAGGCCCGGGUGAUGGUGGUACAUGAUUUGGAGGAGGAGGAGGAAGAGGAGGAGAAAGAAGAGGAGGAAGAGGAGGAGGAAGAGGGUCAGGGGCAGCCAACAAGCAAUGCCUUGUGGCAGAAAUUGCAGAUAGUGAACGAACACCUGUGGGAUCCGGAGAAAAGGAUGUCUCUGGCCCGAACAGGUCAGAGUUGGAGCCUGAUUUUAGUCAUUUACUUCUUUUUCUAUGCCUCCCUGGCUGCUGUGAUCACCCUCUGCAUGUACACGCUAUUUCUGACCAUCAGUCCUUACAUGCCGACCUUCACUGAGAGGGUGAAGCCUCCUGGAGUUAUGAUCAGACCCUUCGCCCAUAGCCUUAACUUCAACUUCAACGUUUCUGAACCUGACACUUGGCAGCAUUAUGUGAUUAGCCUAAAUGGCUUUCUCCAGGGUUAUAAUGACAGUCUUCAAGAGGAAAUGAAUGUAGAUUGUCCUCCGGGGCAGUACUUCAUUCAAGAUGGCAAUGAGGAUGAGGACAAGAAAGCUUGCCAAUUUAAGCGCUCCUUCCUGAAGAACUGCUCUGGCCUGGAGGACCCUACUUUUGGCUACUCUACUGGACAGCCCUGCAUCCUUCUAAAGAUGAACCGGAUUGUAGGCUUUCGUCCUGAGCUUGGAGAUCCUGUGAAGGUUUCCUGCAAAGUCCAGAGAGGUGAUGAAAACGACAUCCGAUCCAUCAAUUACUAUCCAGAGUCGGCUUCUUUUGACCUCCGCUACUACCCUUACUACGGCAAACUGACUCACGUUAACUACACCUCCCCGCUGGUGGCAAUGCACUUUACAGAUGUGGUGAAGAACCAAGCGGUGCCUGUGCAGUGCCAACUGAAGGGCAAAGGCAUCAUAAAUGAUGUCAUCAAUGAUCGUUUUGUGGGUAGGGUAAUCUUUACUCUGAAUAUAGAAACCUAAGAACUUCAGGGGGCCACUCCCACCUGUUCUGUUUCUGUUUUAUUUCAUGUUACACCUGGUAGCAGCUGAAUUAUUUUUCUUCAAAUCAGGACACAGCCAGAUGGACACCUAAGACAGCAGAUCAUCGUUCCUUGCCUUUGACAUAUGUAUGAAAGGACAUUGUGGGAGCUAUUUGAUUUUUUAAAGGUAGUUUCUCCUGAUGACAACUAUUAAUUUCCUUUCCUCCCAACUUAAAACUAAAACCCAUUCUUGCUGCUAGAAGUCUCACUGUAGUGUAAACAUAGUAUCUGAUAAAAUUUACAAUAGCCAUGAAGGAGAAUUUCUAUGAUGAUUGUAAAUUCGUGUGUUUUCUAAAACAUUGUUGUUUUUAGAGGUGAGAUUCUCCCAACCAGGCUGAUAAAUAACCUUUUUUUUUUUUUUUUAAUUUGCCUGGCAAGGUCCUUCCCUGGGAAUCACCAAUCAGAUCAACCCAGAAUAUAUCUAGAGCCACCGUACCUAGGGAACUCUAUAUCCAGGGGUGCUUGAGAAACCGGCUGCCUUACAUGGGCAACUAAAUACUGAUUAAAAGACUAGGUUAUCUUCCACUAGGACAGAAAGCAAUGCUAACUGGAUAUUGUUCUGGGAUAGAGAUGAAAACCUUCCCUAUGACUUUUUUUGGGAGGUGGGACCCACCGCAAUUGGGAAGAAGACCCACCACAUGGAUGUGAUUGGUAUUUGAUCCCUUGCUCUGUGGUGCAAUCAUCCAAAAGGCAAACAUUCCUGCAAACAGGUUUGUUUCAGCUUCAGGCAGAGGAGAAAACAUGGAAGAAGAUCUCCGCCAGCUAACUCUUCUUGGGCUAUUUGUUUGACAGUAGUGUGAUGCUCUUUGAGACCAUCAGGGAUAGGUGUAUUGACCCCUAGCUACAGGUCUGGGGAUUAAAAUCAGGGUCAGCCAACUAACACAUGGCAAGACAAAAAGCUCCUGCAAGGCCACCUUAAAUCCAAGGUCCAUUAGCCAGCUUUUCAUUUGCUUAAAAAAUGAUAUGAGGCAGAUGUUUAUCCAGGUUGUGGAUCAGCCAGGCUGCUUUGUCUUAUCUUUGGCCACAUGAUCAUUCCACUGCUUCUUAACACCUCCAGCAGAGGGAGGACUGGGACAAGGAGAAAAAGCGAGCAUCAGAGGAUAGCAUAAUGUCUCAGGGUCCAAAGCAAGCUUAAAUGCCAUCUAGAAGCAUCCAGAGUCUGAAUCUCCUGUACAAUGUUUACCUUCUCCCAAAACGGGGAACUAGCAGUCUGGUAGUAAAGACAAACAAGUGAAGAAGUAAUUACGAUAUAAUGUGAGAAGAGUUAUAAAACUAGUAUGUGGAAAUGCUAUGGGAACAUGAGGAAAAGUAACUAACUGGAGCUGAGAAAGUAGCAGAGGAAAUUUCACAUGCAAAGUCACAAUCACGAAAGACCAUGGUGUGUUUGGGUAACUGUGAGCAGUUCAUGUAACUGGAGUGUAAAGGGCUCAGAGGAAUGGCAGAAAGUGGCAGGGGAUUGGGCUAGAGAGAUAUGCAGGUACCAAGAGGACUUUGAGUUUUAUCCAGUAGAUGAAAAGGAAUCAUUAUAGUGUUUUAAUCUGGGGAGCUCUGUGACCAUAUUUGCACUUUAGAAAGAGCACUUUGGCAGCCACAAUGUGAAGGGUGGAUUGGAGAGGGCCAAGACUGAGAAAUGGGCAAUAGGGAGAAGGAGGAGUCAAGACUGACUCCAAGGUUUUGAGCUUGACUAGAACCGAUGGGCUGGUGAUAUUGUUGAUCAAGACUGGGAAUACAAGAAAGAAGCAGGAUUGGAGAGAAAGAUGUUGAGAUCAAUUUUGGAUAUUUUAGGCGUGUGAUUUUUAUUGGUCAGACAUUGAUGUGGAGAUGUAAGCACAGUGGGGUUCGGGAGAAGGAAACCUGAGAACAAAAGCAACAUUUACUUAAGUGAACUCUCUUAAGAAAUUCUAAGCUAUUUAAUCUUGGGAAUUUGAGCCAGUUAUGUAAACACACCAUACCAAUCUAGUCUCUCAGAUAGUGUUUUCUCUAAGCUUUGUGGCAGAAAGGACUAUUGCUGCUCUCUGGAAUCACUUUCCUAGACACCUUCCAAUUCCUUCCAACUCUUAUUGACAGAGUAGAGAGGGGCUGACAGCUAUUAACAAGUGAUAGAAGAUAUGCAACAGCAGAUUUCUGGAAAAUACAAAAAACAAUGAAACUGUCUCCUCCCAACCCCUUUCCUUAUCAAAUUCGAUUUUUAAAACUAACGUUUAAAAAGCAAUAAACAAAAUACUUGAAAACAACAACCUUAAAGCCAUUUAAAAAUUACCUCAGAUAGCCAAACUCUCAAGAUUCAGUAGUAAAAGAUAAUAGAACAUUAGAUCUGGAAAGGAUAUUAGAGAGCGUUUAGCGAAAACAACCUGCAGUGCAUCUGACUCCAGGUCCAGUGCUCUUUCUACUCUGAGCUGCUGCUUACCAGGAAGUACCAUCUUUUUAAAAAUCAAUGAAUGAUAUUCCAAACAGUUUGAAACAUAUGUCAAAUCUGACUUAGAACAGUUAACAUUUCACAGGAAUUCAAUUACUGGUGCUAUACUUUAUACAUAAUACAUUAUCCUGUCAAAUACGUUGACUGUUAAACAGACAAGGAGUUAUGAAUCUUUUGUCAUACAGUAUUUCUCAUUCCAUGCAAUCCAUCGUGUCCACAAUUUCAAAGCAGUAUUGAAUAGUACCAGGAUAGUUUGGGUUGCCAGCUGGGACAUGAAAAAACCACUUUAUUAUACAGGACUGGAUAUUAUAAUAUAUUCAUUAAAACUGGAUCUAACAGUUCAAUAAACUUCUAGUGGAUUAAUUUAAAUAGUCCCCUAUACUGUGCUGUACCAGGAUUUGAUUUGUAUACCAUCUGUUGCAAUGCACUUGGUUUACUUGUCAAUGAGAAAUACAACUUCCAAAAGCCUUCAUGAUUUUGUCCAUGCUAGACUUACGGUUUUUCAUCCCUCACCCCUCUGAAAUCAUUAUCCUAAAGUAACUUUUCUUAGGCAUCUAUUUGCUGGGAAUCUUCUUGUAGAAAACAUUAAUAUUGUUUUGGGGAGUUGUUGACAACAAUAAAUUGAAAUAAAAAAGAA